AUGAUCCAGAUCCACCCCCACUCCCGCCCCAGUGCGGCCCAAUCCCAUGCGAGCCCCCUCCUGCCGGCCCCCCCACUGCCCCCCCCGUGGGGCUCUUUUGCACCAGACCAGGGCCAGAGGCAGCCAGGGGGAAGCUGGGCUUGGCCCCUGGGGGCCUGGGGAGGAGGGGUCAGGGUGAAGGUGGGCAGAGGUCAGGUUGUGGGAACAACCAGAGGGGUGUUGCAGGGUGCGGGGUGCCGUGGGGAGGCCAUGGUGCGUGCGCAGGAUGAUGGGGAGGUUCUGGGCUGCAUGCAGCCGUCCCUUGGCAGUUGGAGCAGUUGGGCAACAACUGAUGUUCCUAGCCCAGGGGUCUGCGCCCCUCACCUUCUCAUUGCCAUGCACAGACCGCUGCUCCCCAGCCUCCUCCUGCACCUCCUGAGCUACCGCUGCCCCACCACAGCAGCGUUCGUGCCUCCCAGCUUCCAGCCCUUGCCACUGCUGGUCGCUUGCUCUGACCCCCACGGACGUGUCUAUCGGCGCCGGGACAACGAGCUCUGGGUCUCCUGCCUGUGGGAUGGUGCCAUCCAGCUGCGCUACAGACCAGCCCCUGGAGCUGUAGCCACAAGCAGGGAGGGGCAGACUGAGCUGUCGACCCCACCACGGUGCCGCUGGUAUCGGGACUCGGCCUGGGUGCAGGACACCUCUCGCUGGUCAGGAUGGGUGGUGCUGGGUCCAGGCCUGGCUCGGGGGAGCCCAGCUCCACCCUGGGCCUCGAGCCGCAUCACAGUACAGUGCGUGUCAGCCUCAUGCACCGCACCAACAUGCCUCCACCGCAAUCUGAGCAUUGAGGUUUCUGGACAAGAUGUGCGGCUCUUCCUGCUUUGGCCUCAGGGACUCCCCAUUCAGGAAUGGCAGCCAGUGCAGCUGGGCUGGUGUGCACGCCUGAAAAGCUCCCGUUGGCAUUAUCGCUUCAGUAGCCAUGGGAGCAGCCCCCCUGCACUUCUCAUCCCCAGCAACCAGCAUCGUGAGGCACCCCCAGCUUCUGCCUACCCCAGAGUGGAGAUGCACCAGGCCUGUGCCUCCUACUACAGCUACCACCUGACUGUGCGCUAUCAUCGCCCUGGCCUCUACAUUGUCUCAGUCAGCAUUGAGCAGGGGCCUCCCAUCAGACUCAGUCUGUCCCUGAGGGUGGAACCUGCCUUGCUCCACGUGCUCAGCAUCCACUCUAAGAUGCUCAGUGUCUCUCAGCAGCCCCUCAGCCUGUCCUGGGAACUCUGGACCCUUGGUCCCAGGACACUGGCUUAUAGCCUGCUGGAUCUGCAAGGUACAGGGAACUGGUCUACAUCCUACAAUCCUUUUGCCCGGCAGAGCAACUUCUGUGCUCUCCCCACAUCCCGGAAGCUUGGUGAGAUGCUCAUAGCGAGCUUAUACUUCCAUGUGGAUGGAGACUGGCUGGGGGAGAUGGAAGGGGAGCUGAGUUUCUCUGGUGCUGCACUGAGCCUGAAAACAAGCAGCCAGACUCCUGCGUACAUCACACUGAACCCCAAGAAGACCAAAAUGGGCAUUUACAUUUUCAGCCAGGCCCAUGGACUCUAUUAUAUAACCCAAGAAAAUGAGGCUGGUACUCCCAGUAAUGGUUCCAGCAUCCACUAUGUACUCUUUCAACAGCAGAACCUCUCCUACCUACUCACAGUUGAAUUUGUCAAGUUGCAGAGGUACAAGUUCAACAUGCACCUUUAUCUGAACCGGCAAGGAGCCCUCUUCAGGUCCCUGGUAGACAGAGAUAUCGAAGUCCAUGUUUUCAACAGCACCCCUUCUUUUUUGCAGACUUCAAUUUACAUUGUUUGGUUUAUACCUGUGCAACAUCCCAUGCUGCAGUGUGAGUGGACCUUCAAUCUGCAGGUGUUUGGGUCAAAGAAAGAGCAGCUCAUCCAGAACAGUACUUAUACUUACGGUGACCAUGUGAAAAAUGCAGCACACUAUGUCCGGCAUUCUGGUUUACCUUUUAAUCCUGCCCGAUACACAGGGUUUGUGGCAAGGGUGAACUGCAUCAGAAGUGGACUUACACCUGCUGUGUUAAAAGUCACAGUCAACAAUUAUGCAUCCAAAGUCAUAGAGUCAUUGGUCUCUUGUCAGCGAAGAACCUGUUCCCUACAGACUGUUCAGAUCAAGAAACCUGAUCUCCCUGAUCCUGUCAUACGCGGUAGAAGGGAGGUGCUUCUUACUUUGUUUGUCAUCAUCCAGUCGAACUGCACCGGAAGUCUAGUUACAAACCCACUCUGGCAAAUUUAUGCUGUUCCAGACAUGACAACUGAACCAGACUUGACAACUCCUUUAGAUACACCCAUGAUCCGGAAUAAAAACAUGGUCUUUUUACCAAUACCCAAGCAUAGUUUAGAUAUUGGCUUAUAUCUGAUUAUUUUCUCUGUUAACGUAACUUCAAUAGUUACUUCACAAGUUCUGAGUGGAUCAGACAGAGCUUAUGUUCGAAUGGAGUCAGGUGACCUGGUGGCAAACAUUAGAGGAGGCAGUUUCCGAACAGUGGGGUAUUCAGAUGAGUGGACUCUGGAUGGAUCUUCUUCCCAGGAUCCCGAUUCAUCAACAGGGUUAGAGGGAAUCACAUUUACUUGGUAUUGCAGCAAACAUGCAGUAGACUAUGUAAACAUGCAAUUGAGUGAAAGUGGAGCCUGUCAUCCGGAUCAGGUGGAUUUGAAGUGGAUAAACUCCUCUGGUCCCAUUCAGACCGUUUUGCCAGAAACCCUUCCAGGGAAUGCCAGGUAUCAUUUUCGUCUUGUAAUUGAAAAAGGUGGCAGAAACAGUUCUGCGGACCAAACUGUUAGUGUGCAGUCUGGACGCCCACCACGCCUGAAUGUUGUAUGCUUAGAAAACUGUGGUCGAAUUGUAAUUCCAACUGAUAGAUUUACUUUAUCUGGGAAAUGCCUAAACUGUAGAACUACUAGUCGACUAGUUUAUCGUUGGUCCCUUUUAUCAGAAAGACUCACUGAAAAAAGAUUUGAUUGGGCUUCCAAAACAUCAACAGGGAGGUUUACUGCAUACUUGUCUAUAAAUGCUUUAAGUUUUAUAGAUAUUGCAGACCAGUCAUAUACACUUGUCCUAAAAAUAACGACUGGGAGUGGUGCAUCAUCAAUCUCCAGGUAUUCUUUUUAUGUCAAUUCUGCCCCUAGAAUUGGAAGGUGCGCAAUCAAUCCAACUGAGGGUAUUGCAUUCCAGACCACCUUCAUCGUUCAAUGUAGUGGAUUUUCAGACAGGAAUUUACCUCUCACAUAUAAAGUAAUAGCAGCUUCAGAUUCAUUAAAAACAAGUAAAAUCACUACUCUGGAGGAAAAUUCAUUUGGGACAAUAGUCUAUUUUGGUUAUGAACCAAAAUCCCCUCCUUCUUUUCUCCCAAUUGGCACACCAUUCAAGAACUAUGCUCUUACAAUCUAUAUCCAAGUCUCUGAUUCACUUGGAGCAUUUUCUCAAGUAAGUUUGCAGGCAACAGUGCAGGAUCCAACUGAAAAUAAACCACCAGAAGUGGUGCUAAAUGAACUGUUGGCUUUAACCAGUGGGUCAGAUGCACCAAUGGCAUCUUUUCUUCAAACUGGAGAUUUUUUUAAUGCAGGCUAUUUCGUUUAUAUGGUGGCCUCCCUUUUAAAUGAUGUUGAAGAUGCACCAGAUCUCCAGGUCUCUAAGGCUGAAUUUCGGGAAAGCCUUCUUAACAUAUCUGUAGGAAUUUCUACUGCCAGUAUAAUGGAAGUUAAUCAAGUGACUGCUUGCAUUUCUCAGAUUACAGAGGAAAUUAGUGAAGUCAAUGUUGAAUCACAACGUAUUUCUGUUAAUAAACUGUCAGAAGUGGGUGAGGCACUGAAAAGACAUCGAAAGGGAAACCUUGGGUCUGAAGAAGCAGAGCUGCUGACUGCUGGGGUACUAACAGGCUUAUCCAAUGUCUUGAGAGCUUCUGUUAACGAUGUCAAUGUGAAUGCAGUGAAACAAAGCUUCUCCGUCAUGGAAGAUUUAGCAGACAUUGUCUUACAUGGCAAAGUCCCUGGAAAAACUGAAACGCUCAUGGAGUCCCAAACCUGGAAUAUGACUCUAAAAAAAGAUGAAAAGUGGGAUGUUGCAAGUGCUUUCUCUGCCAGAAAAGAUUGCCAGAACUGUUUUUACCCGACACUGAAACAGGAAGAUCAUUCAGAAUUGCCAAUAGAUGCUGUUAUUUCUACAGUUCUUUAUGAAUUUGAAGAGAACCCCUUCCCUUGGUUGGGUCACCUCUCUGAUAUUACAACAAUGGUCACGGGGUUCAAAAUGAUGGGAGCUAAGGCUAAUGGUGACGCCAUAGGGAUCGUUCCUGAAGUAGCAGAGAUGACGAUUGCUAGAAAAGAUAAGGAUUCUGCAGCUUUUCAGCUGACAAUUGGACCUGAUAAGACACUCCCUCAAACAACUGGAAGAUUUGCUUUUGAAGUGAACAGAAACUCCAGUAGUAUAUAUAUCCAGAUUUUGACCCGAUUAGAAGUUUCUUUUGAGGUACUUCUAUAUGCAGAUCUUAAUGUCACCCAUGACUCUCCAAUAGCUUCUUUUACUGCAUCUCCCAAAUUUCCUACAAGUGGGAAUAAUUCAAGGAGCACUGAUUGUGUGAUUCAGACUCCUAAUAUUAUCUGUCUCUCACCGGCAUUGCUAAGAGACACAGCCCCAGGCAGCGGGGCCAAUAGAUGGAACAUCUCUGUUGUUUUGCAAACAAGCUCCUUUAUAGGGAAGCAAAACAAUGACUUGGUGAAAAUAGCCCUGUUUAAUGCUGAGUGUCUAGACCUAGAUGGAGUGCAGAGUCAGUGGGAAGGAGACACAUGCACAGUUGGCCCUAAAACCAACUGGGAAAGAGUGCACUGCAUCUGCAAGAUGAAACCAGGCAUCCAGGCAGCAGGAAGCCGCAUGAUCCCAGGGUCUUUGAAAGACAAUAUCAAAUUCCUGGCUGCCAAAGUGUUAGUCAUUCCCAACAUAGUAGAUCUGGAAAGGUCUCUUUUAGAAAACAUACCCAGGAAUCCAGUGACCCUUCUAACUGUGGCUUUCAUUUUUUUGAUCUAUUGUCUCUUGGCAAUCUGGGCCACGAGAAAAGACAGGGCUGAUAAACUCAGCAGAGACAGAGUUAUAGUUUUGCCUGACAAUGAUCCUUUUGAUAAAGUAUGCUUCUUAGUCACUUUAUACACAGGCAGUCGCUUUGGGGCUGGAACCACAGCAGAUGUUUUUCUUCAACUUAUAGGCCAACAUGGCGUCAGUGAUGUGCAUUGCUUACAGCACCCAAAUUAUCCAUCUUUGCUUCGUGGAGGUACAGAUACUGUUUUGCUAACUACCAAGAAUUAUUUGGGAGACAUUUAUGCUUUGCGGGUCUGGCAUAACAAUGCAGGUUCUUCUCCAGAUUGGUUUUUAAGCCGAGUCAAAGUUGAAAAUAUGUACACUAGAGAAUUUUGGUUGUUCAUUUGCAGAAAAUGGCUUGCUCUUGGCAAAGAGGAUCAUUUACUGGACAGGACAUUUGUUGUUACAAAUCAAAAAGUACCUUUAGUAAAAAAGGACUAUUUCUUGAUAAAUUUUGCAAAUGACUUGAUAGAUAAUCACAUAUGGUUUUCUGUUUUUGCUCAAGUUGUCACUGGCUCUUUCAACAGGCUCCAAAGAUUGUCUUGCUGUUUGGCAGGAUUGUUAUUGACUCUGCUCAUAAACAUUAUGUUUUUUAAUGUUGAGAAGAAUGAAGACUAUUCAAUAGAAAUACGGUAUUUGAGAUCAAUAGCCACUGGAAUUGAAAGUGCUUUGGUUAUCAUACCAGUGCAAAUAAUUAUAACUGCAUUGUUUAAGUACUCCCAGAAGGAGCCACCUUCACAGAGAACAGAGCAGAAGCCCACAGAAGAAAGUUCACCCUUCAUGUCUGAAAACCUGAGGAACUGGAGGGAGCGCCUGCAAAAAUGGUACCUUUCAGAAACUUCAGCACGAUCUGCGAGUCCCAGGUCUUUGGAGAACCCAUCCCAUUCUGGAAGUCCCUAUAGUUCACAAGAUAUUAGGAAGGAAAAAAAACAAAUAAAAUCAAAUAACUGGAGUAACUGUGCCAUUUCUGAGGGUGCUGCAAAUGCUAUUGCAGCAGAGGAGGAGCAAGUACCAGCUGAGUCAACUCGAGAGCCAAAAGCCCGACAGAAUCUAUCACGAAACACCAAUUUCAGCAAUAAUUAUGCAGAACAAAAGGGUGAUGGCAGCAGGAAAGAAAGGAGGCCACUAAACAUUCCCUACUUGCGCUUUCGCAAGAGACCAGAGAUAAUUUUUUCUUGGUGGUGCAUCUAUGUUUCUUGGGCAUUGAUCAUAGCAGUGGCUGGGGUGUCAUCAUUUUUCAUCAUAUUAUAUGGUUUGUCCUAUGGCUACCAGACCUCACUGGAAUGGCUUGUAGCCUCCAUAACAUCAUUUCUUGAGAGUGUGCUGCUUUUUCAAACCCUCAAAAUUGUCCUUCUUUCUGCCCUAAGUGCAAUUAGACCAAAGUACUGUGUACACAUCCCAUGGUCAACCAGGGAAAAUUAUCUUGAGAUUAAAUUGGAUGAUGUUACUAUGGAUGCAGAUGAGAUGAGAGAAAUGCACUAUAAACUUGUGAAAGCCCGGGGCAGUAAGCAGUAUCAGCCUUUAGAGGAAGACGAGAUUGCAAUCAUGUUGAAAAGAGAGAUGAUAAAAAACAAAGCUUUCAUUUUCCUAAAGGAUACCAUCAGUCACUUUAUCUUUUUAACCCUUGUACUGAAUAUUGCUUACUCUGAAGAAAACACCAACAGUUUUUACUACAACCAGGUUACCCAUAAACAGUUUUCUCUUCAGCUCUCCAAUGUGGCGCAACUAGAACACAUUUACUUGUGGGUGAAUAACGUUUUUCUGCCUUUGAUCCACAAUGACAACCAACCAACCUUUCUUUCAGACAGCUGGUCUAAAAUCCUUGGUUUACCUAGGAUGCGGCAAGUAAGGGCUAAAAGCACUAAAAAAAAAUGCUUCCAGCCUGACAGCUUUGUAAAUAAAUUUGUGAUAAGUGAAAGCCAUUGUCUUCCCAUAUAUGGCAGUGACCCCGAAGAGAAAGGUGACCAUGUCAGGUCCUGGACAGAGGCUACCAACAAAUCUGUUUCCAGUGAUGCCAGCAGCUAUGCAGGAUUUACUUACCAGUCAAACAGAAAUCAAUGGACUUAUUUUUCCUAUGGAGAGUUACAUACAUAUGGACCAGGUGGGUACACUUUUUAUUUCUUCCCUGAAGAACAACGGCCUAAUUCAACCAAAAGGCUGGAAGCUUUACAAAAUAGCAAUUGGCUUGAUGAAGAGACAUGGGCUGUGAUUGUUGAACUCACUACAUUCAAUCCAGAUAUACGUUUGUUUUGCAGUAUCUCCAUUAUAUUUGAAGUUUCUUAUUUUGGGCUCCUCAAUACAAGCUUGUCCGUACAUUCCUUUACACUUCCCAUUUUCCGCCAUCUAACUAAAAUCCAAAUGUUGGGCUUCUUGGCUGUCCCUGGUUUUCUCUUCAUUUAUAUUGCAGAUGAGAUUCACAUGAUAUACCAAAAAAGGAAAGAUUAUAUAAAAAAUGUUUCUAAUUUGAUCAACUUUAGCCUGAAAUCAGUGCUUUUUGUCUUUGUUGCUCUACAAAUUAUCAAAUUUAUGAUGGCAGAAGACAUAGUCAAGUUUUACUUACUUCACCCAUACAAUUUCAUUCCAUUCCAUGCAGUGUCUCAUGUAGAUCAGACUUUGAGGAUAACUCUGGGCUUUCUGGCAUUUCUCAUUGUUUUGAAAACUCUCAGGUAUUCCAGAUUCUUUUAUGAUGUUCGCCUGGCACAAAGAUCAAUCUUGGCAGCUCUUCCUGGCAUCUGCUCCAUGGCACUUGUGGUGGCAGUGUACUUUUUUGUCUACAUGGCAUUUGGGUACCUAGCAUUUGGCCAGCACGAAUGGAAUUACAAUAAUAUGAUUCAUUCAGCUCAGACUAUAUUCUCCUAUUGUGUUUCAGCUUUUGAGGAUACGGAAUUUACAUCCAACCGCUUACUGGGCGGUCUUUUUCUAGCCUCUUUUAUGCUGGUGAUGAUCUGUGUCUUGAUUAAUUUGUUCCAAGCUGUGAUUAUGUCUGCCUAUGAAGAUAUGAAACAGCCGGUAUAUGAAGAACCAUCUGAUGAGGCAGAAGUGGUUACCUUUCUAGUUCAUAAGAUGAGAAGCAUAUGGUAUUACAUCACCUGUAGGACACCUUCCACAAGUGAUCCCGAUCUUUUUCAUAGUAUACUAUAUGGACAACCUGAGAGGAGGAACUACCGACAUUUAGGGCUCAAAACCAAAAAAAUAAAUGGAAAGAAAAUGGUUUAUCUUGUCAUAUAGAUAAUGCAGGGUUUUAUAUGCAGUAAGAGCAACUUCAAAGAUUGUUGAACUAUUACAGAGAAAACAAAUUAAUUUGCCAGGUGAACACCCAGAACAUUUUCUAAAACAAUGUGAGGGAAUUCUCAACUCAUGACAAGUUCUCCUAUGUAUCCCAGAAUCCUAUGGCCCAAUUUCCAUGAUACUUUAAAACAGGCACCAAUUUCUACAAUAAUUCAAAGGUUGCAGGUGAGGGAUCAGUUCAGUAGUUUUGGGGUCAUUCUUCCCUCUAAUGACAAUACGAUUGCAAAUUGGGGCUGAUCAAAUUUGCUUUGAACAAAGGACUCAAAAUGUACUAAGAGUUUCUUGACCCACAAUUUGAUGGCAACCCUUAACAAACUGCAAUCUGAAAAUAUAAGAAAAAAUAGAACACCUUUUAGUAAGUCCACUUAGCAAUUUAAAAUACUACUUCAAGCCUAAAUUUCCCUAACAAAGGAAUUUAACAAUGUUACAGUAAAGUUCUCAAGAAAAUUGGUAUUGAACAAAAACUCUAAAGUUUAAUAUUUUCUGCAUCUUUUCAGUACAAUUUUGUAUUUUUCUACUCCAACUGAAUAUUAAUGUUAUGUUUUGCUAAGUGAAGACAAUGAGGCCCCAUCUAUAUGUUACACUUCAAGUGUGAUUAACCAUUUAAUAAUGCUGUAAGUUGUGACCUAGCUGCAACUAGCUAGCUUCAUUAGCUGCAGAGUCCACAAUGGGGGCAGUGGAGAAAAUGCUGCCCACCCCCAUAUUGCUCACUGCGAGGGGAGUGGGGGGAAUGCUGCUACCACUGCAAGCUUAAUCAGCUGUGGGACUUGCACCAGUAGGCAGAACACUACCGCUGCUGUGAGACUUGACAGCUGCCUGGCUUGGAGGGAGGACACCAGAGGGAAUGCUGCUGCUACUACGAGCCUC